AUUCUUCGGCUAUCUUGGGAAGUGGGCUGUAUCCGUCGAGCCCAUCAGUAUUUGAGCUAAAAAAAUUAACUCCCCAUCAGUGGACAUUACAUCUGUUUUGUGUUACAUUACACGUUUGCCGUCCAAAUUAUUUGAAUAUUACAUCUUAACCCCGAAAAUCUUCUGCUAUUCUCGGUUUGACCCCUAGAUAGUUCUUUUUUCAAAAUAAAGUCCCUCAUAAUUUUUUUUUUUUUAUUUUGGCUUUAUUCACUUUCAUCAACCCAAGACACCACCUGCAAAAUAGUUAUCCAUAAAAUCAGAUUGUAUUGGGAAGCUAAAACUCCACAUACUCCAAUGCCAAUGCCCAAAAACCAAACUUCUCAUCAACUUCUCUCUAUAUAAACCCCAUUUCCACCACACCAACUUCUCAUCAUCAAUCCAUUCUUCCUCUAAUUAAUACUCUUUACCACAUUCCAAUAUCCAAAAACAACACCAAAAUGAAGGCUUCACUCUUAUCCUUGUUUGUUGUCCUCUCCCUGAUUUACUUCUACGCUCAAUCGAGCAAUGCAGCCCCAACGUGCGGCACGGUCGACAUGAAGGCAGCCUCGUGCAUCACAUUUGCCACCGGCAAAGACUCGAAGCCUUCGCCCGCAUGCUGUGCUGGCCUACAACAGCUGGCUCAGUCCGUCAAAUCGGUUGACGACAAAAAGGCCAUCUGCAGGUGCCUCAAGGCCGGGAUCAAAAACUUCGCAGGCGUGCAGGACAAGCUCUUGAGCAGGAUCCCUUCUGCUUGUAACAUCAAAGUCGGCUUCCCUGUUUCUAUCAACACCGAUUGCGAAAAGCUCCACUGAGACCCGUUCGAGUUUGAUCAGAUCACGUUAGAGGUGUAGAAGAUGUUUUGAAUAAGACAGCUCCGAUCCAGUGAGAUGUGGAGUUAAUAAUUUAGUUGCAUGCUUGUCAUAUGUACGAUUUUCCCAAGAAAGAUUAUUGCAAUAAGAAUUUUGAGUA